CACUAAGACCAAAGUGCACUUUUAACUAGAGUAAAUGGACAGUCCCACAUGUCUUCCCACUGUCCGUCAAAUGUCGCUGAGUCAAAUACUGGAGUUGCAGGAACAGCCAGUAAGCGAAGAACAAGCAUGGGCGCUUUGCUAUCAACUGUGCACCCUCCUGUCUGUGGACAAACGUGUGGGAAGAGGAGAGUACUACACGUCCCGUAAAACGCUGCAAUUCCCCGGCGCCGAUAGCAUUUUACUGAUGAAUGAUGGGAGUGUUUGUCUUACAGGGGACGACAUGGGCAUGGAUUUUCCAUUUGAGACUGAAGAUAAGAUGGUUGAUAACCUGGGAAGGCUGAUCUACUCCUGCCUGGACUGGGGUCUGGACAGCAAUGUGGAGCGGGAGCUGAACGAGACCCUGGAGGCUCUGGUGUGCCAGAUGACCAAGGUGAACCUCGGCAUGAAUGACUCCUUCCAGCAUGUACGCACGUUCUCGGAGGUCAUCCAGAUCUGUGAGAACCGCCUGUAUGACCCGGCCCAGGCAGCACGUCACUACAGAGCGGUCUGUUCCACCCUUUUCUCGGAGACAGUGGAACUGUGCCGGUACUUUCACAACGUACAGCACAACAAAAAGGCUCUCCAGAAGCUGAUCAUAGAACCAGACAGGAGAAUCGUUGCACAAGAAGCAACAAACUGGGCAUUUUCGUGGAAGCGGUUGAUGGAGGAACUGAACAGAGGAGUAAAACUCAGGCCCCGGGGGGAACGGUUAAAUGUCAGCGCCCCCCUCCCCAUGGACUACUCCCCAUUCAAGCAGCUGCUAGAAGACAUCCAGCUGAGGAGGUAUAACCUCCGCAAAGUCCAGACAGUUGGAGAAAGGCAGAAGUUGACAGGCCCUCAUGCAGCUCUCCUGGAAUAUAUCUGCUCAAGGCCCAAACUGAAACCUGUCUCAGAGCGAAAAUUAAAGACCCGGCCCAGAGAGGAAGCAAGUCUACAUGAGCAGCUGAUGGACGAAAUCCGAACAGUUGACCAAAUGACACUCUUGUCUUCACGUAAAAGAAAGGUUGCUCAUAAAGAUAAUGUUUCCUCACCUGGGAACUCUCUGAUGCCCUUGUGUGAGGACUCCUCCACUGAAGACACCUCCUUCCUACUAAACCCCAUCCCAACACCCGACCUUCAGGAGGUUGAGACUGAGGUGGACUCUGAGGAGGAGCCCUGUGAACAGGGAGUGUUCCAGCAAGCCAUCAACACAGCAGUGGACAGAGAACUAAGGUUCCUCCCCGCUUUGUCGUCUUCCCCAAUGGACCCCCCUUGUGGCUGCCCCAGACGGAAGCAGAGGUCCCGCUCUCUUGGCAACAGCCUUGCGCUCUCCAGACGUAGGCACCAGACUGAGAUGAGGGCAUUGAAGACCUGUGACAGAUACAGAAAUUGGCGGAUAUGUUCAUGUUGUGCCAAGAGGAGCCUGUAUUUCACCUGGCAUAACUCCUGUUCCCUUUGUAACAGGGUCAUGUGCCCAGAAUGUUGCAUAGAGAUGCGAUUGCCCUUCAAGUGGUGUGUGAACCUGCCAAUGAGCUUUUUCAAGAAGAUUGUGUUGAACAAGGACUGUGAACAGGAUGUGAGUGACUUCUGGAGACAGCGCUGGGCCUGGGACAGCACCAGGGUUCCUCUCGUCCUGGACUGUCGAACCUCUGGCUCGUUCCCCCUGCAUAGUUUGGCCAUGAGGGACUGGCACAGUCAAGACAUAUGCACAGGCUGCAAAGGCUUUCUGCUGGAUGCUUGUGACUCUGUGUUCAGCCUGUGCCCCAUCUCUGUUCCUAAGGAAAUCUGACCACCUCUCUCCCAGGAUGUGUGAAUGUCCAUCUCCAAUGACGCAUCACCUACCCUCACCGCUGUCUGUCAUGCCACUGGGCCAGCUUCUUUCCACAUUUAUUCAGGCUUUUUGUCUUCACCUGCACCCCCUGCACUGUUCCUAAAUGUUUCCAUUUUUUCCACUCACUGACCUGAUCUGUUUGUGUGCACUUUUGUUUCAGUAUAUUAUUCAGACAUAUGUAUAUAUGUAUUCAAGCAUGAUCUCCACCAAGCACUUAAAGGAAUCCCAUAACCAUACAUCAUGGUC